CGCUUGUGGUGGAGGGAACUGUGUUCCUUGACGAGAGGCUGCUGUGACAAGCAUCUUGCUGUCUAGAUGCGAUCUGCGUGCACGACGUCUUGGCCGUCUGCCUCGUCUGCCCAUCCGACCUGACCGACUACCAGUAGCCCUUACCGUGCAAGCGGAUCUCUCAACAGACCCUGCAUCACGCCGACGUUUUGGCUGCAUUCGUCGGAGCUACCAAGCACCAACACGCGCACCAAGACAACGACGACAACGACAACGACCAUGGACCGCCGCCGCGCUCCGGGGCUCUCCUCGCUCUCCUCACGCGGUCUACAGAACCACCACUACACGUCCCAUGGCGCCACGCUCCGCACCCGCAAUGCAGACUCGCUCUCCACCCAACUCUCCGUCUUCCAAUCCCUCGUCCACAACUUCGCCGUCACACACUCCAAGGACAUCCGCGCCAACCCCGCUUUCCGCGCCGAGUUCGCGCGCAUGUGCUCGGCGCUGAACAUUGACUUCCUCGCAUCGUCGUAUCACCGGGACAGCAAAGAUGGCAAGGCGAGUGGGGGAGGUGGUGAGAGCAUCUGGGCACAGCUGCUGGGUGGGAGUGUGAAUGACUUCUACUUCAACCUGGGCGUCUUGAUUGUCGAGGAGUGUCGGGCCACGAGAUCGGAGAACGGCGGGCUGAUAAGCGUCUCUGAUCUCAAAGCACGCAUAUCCAAAUCACAGCGCAUCGGUGGAAGCAUGCAAGUGAGCGAUGACGACAUCAAGCGCGCCGUAGACUCGCUCGCUCCGCUUGGUUCGUGCUUCUCCAUCAUGAAGAUCGGACAUAGAAGCUUGAUAAGAAGCGUGCCCAAGGAGUUGAACACGGACCAAAGCACGGUGCUCGAAGCCAUACAAGUUCUCGGCUACGUCACAGUAUCCAUGCUGCAGCUGAAUCUCAACUGGGAGAGACCUCGGGCCCAUGCUGUCGUCGAAGACCUCAUGGCAGACAGUCUGGUAUGGGUAGAUACACAAGCUGGGGAGAAUGAAUACUGGAGUCCGGCCUUCCUGACUGCGGCCGCGGGAGAUGUGACAUUAUGAUACCCGGUGUUACCACCACCAACGACUUCGCAGACGGCCAGAGAGCUGGGUUUGGGAGCAAAACUCAUCAUUAUAUAUACAGUCUAUUGUACAACAUUUUCAUCACCACAGGAGUUCAGUGUUGCAGAUCCUAGCCUCUUCACUGUCUCUCCACGCUCCCUUUGUAUGGCUCAAUUCAGGCAGCAGUCUACGGUGCCACCGCACACUCCAUCUCCGAGCAGUAUCCUCGUCGUCAAAAUCCAGCACCCAUCGAUUGUACACGCGAUUCAUGACCAGUUGGUUCUGCUGACUCGGGCUAUCUUCAUCUACACCACCUAGCAUGCUCUGGAUCGCCGGAUCAUCAUACGUCAUCUCCGAAUCAGAACUCGACUGAUCAAACGUGC